AUUACUUUUGUCCCUUUCCCUUUUGUACUCAUUUUCAAUAUGCUUUCCCAAUUUAUUUUCAAUGCCGCUGCUCUGACUUUCUUCGUUGCCUAUACUUUCAGUGCAUCAACAUCCUCUAACCAGGGAAGUAGUUCCAAGUUGAUUUCAUCCACAAGAGAUUCGAAUACAAAUUCCACUCGUAUCUCAACGUGUAUGUACUUCUCUGUUUUCCAAGAUAAUCUAUCUCAUUUCUUGGUAGCUACAACUUCCAUCAUCUCGCAAAAGAGCUCUUCUAGCUCAACAAAGCUGAUAUUAACCUCAUCAAACACCUCAAAACCGUCCGUAACUAAGAGCUGUAAGUUAUUUGGGGCGAAGUUGGUAUGAGCCUAUCUUUAACAACUCUAAGCUUCGGAAAAAGUAUCAAGAAGCAGCAUUUCUCUAUCCAGUCUUCAAACGUCUGAGUCUACAGUUUCAUUGACGUCCUCAAAUUCAACAAGACCCACGUCAAGCUCUACAUCCACGUCACGAUCCUCUGUCACUAAAGCUACCUCCUCCAGCACGAUCGAUACAGCAAAACCGGGCUCUAGCACAAAGGCAGUCCUCUCCCCCACGAGUUCAAGUGAAAAUCCAACUACCACAUCAAAGGCCACUAGCAGCUCAGUCUUCCCAACUCCACCACAAAAUGUUGUCAUCACUAGCGGUCCUGAUACAAUCACUCUAGGACCUCAAACAUCUACUGAAACUGGAAAUUUCGAAUCUAAACAAACUAGUAUAUCUGGUCUUAUUGACAACAGUGCUACAACAACUUCUAGAGAUGGCCAUAAUACCAUUCUUCCUAUCUGGUUUCUGUCUGACGACAUUGGUAUUAUCAAGUUGCCGCCUGCAAACCUUCCUGUUGGAGGAAUAAUUCGUAAGUAACGCUAAUCUUUGUAUUUUAUCCGUGUUAAUUUUGAUAAAGCUCCCCCGCCUGGUUUCCCGCCAUUAUUCAUCGGAUCUGAUGGAAAACCCACUGCUGCUGGACCACCUGAAGGAACCAAAGACCCCCAAACUACUUCGCAAGACAAACCUACAUCCACAAACGAUUCAAAAACAAGUGAAAAUCCCACCUCAACCGAGCAAACUACCACCAAAGCAACCUCAAGUACAUCUUCCACCAUUUCUACGUCUAGUAGUAGCAAGCCAACAUAUACAGCAAGUUGCGGCACAUGUAUAAAUUAUCAAGGAGAUGGAGAAUCAGUACCUGCUGAUAAUGGAGGAAACGACAGUGAUGAUAGCAAUACCUCUAAACGCUCACUUGCAGGGCGUAUCCAUAUUCCCCUCCACAAGCGAGCGGACGACUUUGAUACGUUCAACCCGGGUACUUCUGACGCUUGUCAAUUGGCUCAGAGACUGAAGAUACCCAAUUAUCCUAGUAAGCUCUUUGAGUCAAUCAUAUUUUUGUAUGUGGAGUACUGGUACUGACCUCGUGGUAAAUAGCGCCACCGAAUCUUCCUAAGAAAGCUGGUGCAGGUGCCGACAUGUGGUGGAUAAUGACAGAAGUUACGGCACCCAACACGUGUCCCGUCUUGGACUACAGGAAAGUCACAGACAGUGCAGUAGAAUCCGAAAGAAUAAAUCCUGCAGACGCGAAUGCCUAUAAGAAGGGUGGCGAUUGGUCUCAGAAAGAUCCGACUGUCAAUGUAGACCACGUCUGUAAGUAUAUCUACCAAAAGAAGUUUGAGUUCUGGGACUGAUUCUAGGAAGACGAACUGUCAAUACUGAAGCAAUACUUCUCGAGUCGAAUCAAUUCGAAGAAUUGUAAAGAAUUCAAAAGCAUAUUUGACGUUGCAGACAAGGGAACACCACAAGUUCCUGGAGAUACCCGCCUGCAGACCAUCUGGAGACAACUCCCAAGUAACAUCAAUCCCGAUUUUGCAGGAAUGGAUGCAAAGGCAAGUGACUAUACCUUGAUAAGAAACCUUACUAACUAGCGAGCCAGAUCAAUGCAAUCAAGGCACAAUUCUUUUCUAACGCUUUCUCAAAUCCUUCUGGGGGCGAUAAGAACCUUGCCUAUGUCUAUGAACUGGCUAUCGCCAUGAAGUUGACCAACGACAAGGAAGUAUCGCCAAUAUUUAAAAAGACCAAUAAUCGUAUAUAUGCAGCAUUACUGGGGAUGGAUGCUUUAAUAGAUGCCGCAAACUGUGGAUCAUCCACAACACCUAUCAUCAUAGGAGACUGGGCCUCUGAGUACGAAAAAUGGAUCACAAACCUCCUCAAUACGGCAGGAACAAAUGUGAACAGCAAAAUAUCAGCGAUACUUUCCGACAAUAACAAGCUUGGUCCAUCUGCUCGCGUGGGACCUGGAUCUACUACUGGUGCCGAUGGCAUUGCAACAGCUACUACAAACUCAGUUGGCAAUGGCGUUAGCGCAUUCUUGCAAGCUUAUCCUACUCCAAAUGCUUUCACGCUAGAUGUUGGGGCAUUAUUGGAGUUUCCUACGACUUCGACAUUGGUUAUUAAACGCCAGGCUUGUAGUAAACCAAUUUCAAGUGGCGCUACGUCCACGUCCGUUCCUCCCGAGACGAGUUCUCCAACGAAUAGUACCUCAACUCCGAUCGAAUCUACUGUCACUGAAACCUCACAGCCACCUUCAACCACAGUCUCAUCCAUAGCCCAGACUUCUACAAGCACAAGCUCUGCCCCGCUACCCACCAGUUGUCCUGACGGUUGUACUUGUACGGAAGCGCCAGAGGGAGGGUGCUUUUGCUUGUGUGCACGAGGGGGUAAAUUUUGAACGUGAGUUUGGCUUGCUGGGGGCGUUAGGUUCAGGACUAUCAUUUUGUAUGUUUCUGGAAAUUUGGAGCAAAUCUUCAGAUGGUAUCGUAUGUGUUACUGUAGUCAUUUUCUGGCUGUUUUUGGAAGUUGAGAUGGAUUUUCACUCUUUUGGAAAGUUACUCUAGGCCAAACAUCGCAUUCUGCAAACAAGCAAUACAUCUUUUUUGCGAAGAGGUCCCACUUAAAGCUCAGAGCAGCGUGCUUUUCAGAAUAGUAUAGAUUGAGG